AUGUCUUCCACAACUGUUAGCAACGAGCCCUUUAAGCCCGCAAGGAGGGUUGCAGGACAGAGACAGGAUGUUUGGUCAAUUGUCAAUGAAGCCGCGGCUGCAUCUCCGGUUCAGCCAAUCGUGAACAUGGGACAAGGGUUCUUUGGUUAUAACCCUCCGCAGUAUGUUAUGGAUGCCGCCAAGGAGGCGGUGCAGACGGUUGAAUCUAACCAGUAUGCUCCGACAAAGGGGCUCCCACGCCUGAAGAAGGCAAUUACCGAUGCCUACUCUCCGUUUUUCGGAAGGGAACUCAACCCCAACACUGAGAUUGUCAUCACCAGUGGUGCCAAUGAAGGAAUGCUGAGUGCCUUCAUGGGCUUCAUUGAACCCGGCGAUGAGGUUAUUAUAUUUGAACCAUUCUUUGACCAAUAUAUAAGCAACAUUGAGAUGCCAGGAGGCAAGAUUAGAUAUGUUCCACUUCAUCCCCCGAAGGAUGGAGCACAGAAGACAUCUUCUGCGUCAGCAUGGACCAUUGAUUUUGAUGAGUUGGAAAGAACCAUCAACGAAAAGACAAAGAUGAUUGUAUGUAUUUUGCCGCGCAAGGUACUCAAUACCCCCCAUAACCCCGUGGGUAAAGUAAUGUCUCGUGAGGAGCUCGAAAAGGUAGCCGAUCUCUGCGUGAAACACAACCUCAUCAUCCUCUCCGAUGAGGUGUACGAUCGACUAUUCUACGUCCCUUUUACCCGGAUGGCCACGCUUUCACCCGAGGUAUCCAAACGAACCCUCACCGUCGGCUCUGCAGGUAAGAACUUUUAUGCCACUGGCUGGCGUGUCGGAUACCUCAUCGGUGAGGAACACCUGAUCAAGUAUGUUGCUGCCGCCCACACUCGAAUCUGCUACAGUAGCGUUGCGCCAUUGCAGCUUGCGACUGCCGUUGGAUUCGAAAAGGCAGAUGAGAUGGGCUUCUGGGACGAAAGCCGGAAGGAGAUGCGCGGGAAGGUUGAGCGGUUCUGUGAGAUAUUCGACGAGCUCGGAAUUCCUUACUCUGAUCCCGAGGGUGGCUAUUUCGUCCUUGCCAACAUGGCAAGCGUCAAGUUCCCAAACGACUACCCCUUCCCUCCUCACGUUGCCAGCCGGCCGCGCGAUUUCAAACUGUCCUGGUUCCUUAUCAAGGAAGUUGGUGUCGCUGCCAUUCCACCUACGGAGUUCUACACUGACGCCAACGCCCACAUCGCUGAAGACUAUCUCCGAUUCGCUGUCUGCAAGCCAGACCAUGUUCUGGAAACAGCCAAGGAGCGGCUCCGUGGCCUGAAGAAGUAUAUCCAGUAG